UCUUAACCUAUCGAUGAGACCACAGAAAGAAAUAUAAAAUUGUAACGAACAUAUUUUAUUGAGCUUCUUUACCCUCAUAUGUAUGUAAAUCUUCUUCAAAAUUAAAGAGAGAGAGAGAGAAAGAAAACUUGGAAGAAUCUGUCUGUGAUAAUCAUGAUGCGAUUCACAAUCAUAGUCAUAGCUUUCCUUUUGAUUAUUCAAUCCCUAGAAGAGGAACAUAUCCUAGUCUAUGCUCAUGAAGGUGGAGAGGCUGGUCACAAGAGUCUUGACUAUCAAGGAGAUCAAGAUUCAUCGACGCUGCAUCCAAAAGAACUAUUCGAUGCACCGAGGAAAGUAAGGUUUGGGAGAACAACGAGAGCCGAGAAGGAACAAGUUACCGCGAUGAACAAUGAUAGUUGGAGCUUCAAGAUUUCAGGUGCAUCAAAACAUUUGAUAGUGGAACGUAAAUUAGGGUUUCAUAAAAGAAGAGAGCAUAAGCAGACCAAUAUAUUGGCAGAUCAUGACACCACUAAGAAUACAUUUUGUAAGAAGAUGAUGAUCAUCGUCAAUGACCUUACCAGCCUACCGACACUUGAACCAUCUACUUCAACCAAUGAUAUGGAGAAACUGGCUCGGUUGUUGCGUGAUGAUUAUCCGAUCUAUAGUAAGCCUCGACGCAAGCCUCCGGUCAAUAAUCGAGCUCCAGACAAGUUUUAAAUUGUCGCGGAUUGGUGAAACAAGAUUUUGAGCAUGAUGAUAAAUUUUGAUAGUUAGGUAAUGAAUUAUGUUGGUCCCAGUUUUGUUUCUAUGUAUAUUCUUGUGUUGUCUAAUAGAGUAAUAGUAGCUUCUAGCUAGUAUUGAUGAGAGCUCUCUUUAGUUUCUUGGGUUUGUAACAUCCUUAGUCGUGACAAUGUUUUGAAGUUAGUUUUGUUCUUUAAUUUAGGCUUUUUGAUAUCGAAGUUCUUAUAGGG